AUGUCACUACCCAUUCUCUUACCUCCAACAGCGCUGCCAACGCAUCUGAGGGUCUCAAGAACAUCUCAGCAACAACAGCAAGACCAACAACAACAAACGCAAAAUGAGAGCCAGAACCCACUAGCGCACCUGGAAUGGCGCCCCAAAAAGUACCUGACGGAUCCUCAACCACCGUCGAAUGAAGACGCGCGGUUGCAGGAGGAGUUUAUUCAGAAACAGGCUUUGGAGGGGAAGAUUGUCAAGAAGACGAGGCCUAGGAGGACAGUCGAUUAUAAUGGUGUCAAGUCUAGAAAACUCGCACCGAAUCCUGGGUAUGUGCCUCAAAUGAGGCCUGCACCUCCAUACAUUAUCGACCUAUUACCACCCAAAGCUUACCCCUCCAACGCCUCCACCUCCCUCUGCACAAAAUUCGUGCACACAUCCACGAACAAAAUCCGGUGCCCAGUGAACGUCGUAACCUGGACACCCGAGGCCCGACGCAUCCUCACAGGCUCGACAUCCGGCGAAUUCACCCUCUGGAACGGGCUCACCUUCAACUUUGAGACCAUCCUCCAAGCGCACGAUACAGCCAUUACAGCGAUGCGGUUCACGCAUUCCGGCAACUACCUCGCCUCGACGGACAAGUCGGGUGUGAUCAAGUACUUUGAGCCUAACAUGAACAACUUGACGGCGUGGCAGGGCACGAAUAGCGGGAAUAGGGAAGCGAUACGGGGGUUGAGUUUUAGUCCGGAUGAUCAGAGGUUCGUCACUGCGAGUGACGAUUCCAGUUUGAGGAUCUGGUCGUUCAAGGAGAGUCGCGGGGAGAACGUGUUAUCCGGCCACGGCUGGGACGUCAAAUGCGUCGAAUGGCACCCCACAAAAGGCCUAAUCGUCUCCGGCAGCAAAGACAGCUCCGUCAAAUUCUGGGACCCGCGCACCGGAACCUGCCUCUCCACCCUCCACCAACACAAAAACACAAUCCAAGCCCUCGCCUGGUCGCCCAACGGCAACCUCCUCGCCACCGGCUCGCGCGACCAAACCGUGCGCGUCUUCGACAUCCGCGCCUUGAAGGAAUUCAGGGUAUUAAAGGGACACAAGAAGGAAGUAUGCGCAAUCACUUGGCACCCUGUACACCCUGUACUCGUAUCGGGCGGUUCAGAGGGCUCGAUCCUCCAUUGGGAUCUAAGUUCAGCUGACAUGGUCGAUUCCACUCCUGCACCCGCUCCCCCAAACACAAUCGCCAAAGACCGAACCUCCUCAUCCUCGGUACCUCUAUUCACGGGUACAACCCCCGUCUCCCAACCCCGCGCCGUGCUCAGCCAAGCACACGACUCGAACGUGUGGUCCCUCACCUACCACCCGCUCGGCCACAUCCUCGUCUCCGGCUCCAAUGACCACACCACGCGCUUCUGGUCCCGCGAGCGCCCGGGCGACAAGACGAGCGUAUUCGCGGCGGGCGGGGAGAAGCCGCCGGAGGAUAUGGGUGGAGGCGAGGGAGAGGGAGACGAGGAUGAUGGGAUGGGCGGAAUGAGCGUGCCUGGGUUUGGGGGGCUGCCCGGGUUUGGCCCGCCCCCGGGCGAGCAGCCGCAGGCUUCGGGAAGCGCGGCAGGGAGGAGUGGGGGGAGGGAUAUCUCGGGUGGGUGGUGGAGGGAGCCUGAGCCCCCUGCGCAGACGCAGGGUGGUGGCUACGCUAAUGAUACCAAUAUGGUCGACGACUUUGCGGUGCCUGGGUUUGGAGGUGCGCCGCCUGGUUUGGGAGGGUCGAGUAGUGCGGGUGGAGGUGGUGGUGGUGGUGGUAGUGGCUAUGGCGGUAAUACCGGUGGUGGAUAUGGCAGCAGUGCGGGAGGAUAUGGCGAUCAUGACUCGAGACGGGACACGUACGACCGCGAUAGAGGGGAUCGAGACCGUGGAGGAGGUGGGCGAGACGCGUUCGGACGCGACAUCCGACCUGGGGAAGGGGGUGGAUACGGGGACGACUCGUGGGGUGGUGGAGGUGGUGGAGGUCGGGGAGGACGAGACGACUGGGGAGGAGACCGACGGAAUUAUGGGUAUGGGGGUAGGAAUGAUAGGUAUGGUGGUGGCAGGAGAGGUGGAGGGAGGUACUAG